AUGUCUAGAUCAGGAGUUCAAGUUGCCGACGAAUCAUUGACCGCCUUCAACGAUUUGAAGUUGGGUAAAAAGUACAAGUUUGUCAUUUACACAUUAAACGAUGCUAAGACUGAAAUCGUUGUUGACGAAACUUCCACCGAUUCAGAUUAUGAUGCCUUUUUGGAGAAAUUGCCAGAAAAUGAAUGUAAAUAUGCCGUCUAUGAUUUUGAGUAUGAAAUUGGUGGAGGCGAAGGUAAAAGAUCCAAAAUUGUGUUUUUCACUUGGUCACCAGAUACUGCUCCUGUCAGAUCUAAGAUGGUUUACGCUUCUUCAAAGGAUUCUUUGAGAAGAGCAUUGAAUGGUGUUGCUGCUGAUGUUCAAGGCACUGAUUUUUCAGAAGUUGCUUACGAAUCAGUCUUGGAAAGAGUCAGCAAAGGUGCUGGAUCUCAUUAG